GCCGUAUAUGUGAGGUAGACUAGAAAGUGAGGUCGGUAGUGAGUGGUGAUCGAUCAGAAUGCCGGCGGGAGGGUUUGUCGACGAGUCGAGAAGGGGCGGCGCCGGAGCUUAUUAUGAGUAUAGGAUCACUCCUUAUUUCAUUUUUGCCUGCAUUGUUGCCGCCAUGGGUGGAUCUCUCUUUGGCUAUGAUCUUGGUGUUUCUGGUGGGGUGACAUCCAUGGACGACUUUUUGAAACAUUUCUUCCCCAAAAUCUACACGAGGAAGCAAAGCCAUCUUCAAGAAACAGAUUACUGCAAAUAUGACAAUCAGAUCCUCACUCUCUUUACUUCAUCUCUGUACUUUGCGGCCCUUAUCUCCACAUUUGGGGCUUCAUAUGUGACCAGAAUCAAAGGGCGGAGAGCAAGCAUCCUCUGGGGAGCAGCCAGUUUCUUCAUCGGCGCAUUGUUUAAUGCACUUGCCCGGAAUAUCGUAAUGCUCAUCGUUGGCCGUUGCCUUCUUGGUGUUGGUAUUGGUUUUGGCAAUCAAGCAGUCCCUUUGUACCUUUCAGAAAUGGCCCCAACACAGAUCAGGGGAGCCAUAAACCAACUCUUUCAGCUCACAACCUGCCUGGGGAUACUCCUGGCCAACUUCAUAAACUAUGCGACAAACAAAAUCCAUCCAUGGGGGUGGAGGUUAUCUCUCGGAUUAGCAACGAUCCCUGCAUCGCUCAUGUUUCUGGGCGGGCUUUACCUGCCUGAGACCCCAAACAGUCUGGUGGAGCAGGGCAGGCUCGAGGAAGCUCGGGCUAUUCUGGAGAAGGUGAGAGGAACCUCAAAAGUAGAUGCCGAGUUUUCUGACCUCAUGGACGCUAGUCGAGCGGCCCAAGCUAUAGAGCAACCUUUUCGGAACCUCCUGAAGAGGAGGAAUCGGCCUCAGUUAAUCAUUGCAGCCGUUGGAAUUCCCGCGUUCCAACAGCUGACUGGGAUGAACUCCAUCCUUUUCUACGCCCCAGUCAUAUUCCAGAGUUUGGGAUUUGGAUCCGGGGCGUCUCUCUCUUCGUCCGCCCUCACGAGCGGGAUCCUCGUCUUUUCCACUCUCUUCUCUAUGGCCUUGGUGGACAGGUACGGAAGGCGAGUACUGUUUCUAGAAGCAGGGGCAGAAAUGGUAUGUGUCAUGGUGGCGCUCGCCAUCACACUUGCAAUUAAAUUCGGACAAGGCGAACAGCUCUCAAAGGGCAUUGGGAUCUUUUUGGUGUUUUUGAUAUGCGUGUUUGUUUUUGCUUACGGAAGGUCGUGGGGCCCGCUCGGGUGGCUAGUCCCGAGCGAACUCUUCCCUUUGGAGACGCGGUCUGCGGGUCAGAGCCUCGUGGUGUGUGUCAACAUGAUCUUCACGGCUAUAAUUGCGCAGUGCUUCCUAGCAUCUCUGUGCCAUCUCAAGUAUGGUAUCUUCCUGGUUUUUGCAGCAUUGAUUGUGAUCAUGAGUUCCUUCAUCUUCUUCCUCUUGCCUGAGACAAAUCAAGUCCCCAUUGAGGAUAUCCAUCUGUUGUGGCAGAAACACUGGCUCUGGAGAAGGUAUUGUCCUCCUCUACAGAAUGGACAAGAAUUACAAGAAAUUUCAUAAAAGCAUGUAAUUUAAUUUGGCGGGAACCCCAUUUUUUAUCUUACGACCUACAUAUCUUCAUAUUCAGCGUUAUUUUAUAUCUACAGGUGAUCAUCACCUAGUAGGUGAUUGUAGGUACAUCUUUAAAUACUUCAUUAAGCACACUUCUAUACUUCUAUUUAUUUAUAUAUUAUGAAAUGUAGAUGAGUGGUCGUAUCAUAUGUUCACAACCAUAUGUGUUGGUAUUGAAAAAGUCAUGCGUGCAAGCCUGCAUACACUUAAU